CUUAUCUUGCCACUCUAAAGAAAAUUUCUCCCUCAAUGGCAGUCUCUGCAAUAUCUCAGAGGCUUAUAAUCCAUGGCAAUCAGUUGACUCUGGAUCUUCCUGAGAGGACAAAGAGGUUGGAGUUUGUUAGUGCUGAUGAGAGUGAAGCAUAUACUAUCUGGGAACACAAAACCUUUUCUUUCCUGCCAAGUAAACCCAGUAAAGGCGAAGUGAGCAGCACAAGUAAGGACUGGAAGUUCAGAAUCAGACAUGUUACGUUUGACGAUGAGGGAAGCUACACCCUGUACAAUCACUUUGAUUCAACCAUCUCCAGUUAUAUAGUCAAGGUCAAGACCAGCAGAGAAGUCAUUGAUCGAAUCGCAGGUGAAACUCUGAGCAUAUCUCUGGCGGGACUCAAGCAGAGUGAUGCCACACUGCACUUUCACAGAAAUUAUUCAUCUCUCCUCCUGGUGGAGAAUGGAGUUCCUGUGGGACGGGACAACCCAGACUACUUAAACCGACUUAAAGUGAACCGCGAAACCAUUCAGAUUCUCAAUGUAAAUGCAUCAGAUUUAGGCAGAUAUGAGCUCACUGAUCACAAAGGAAGACUUGUCUCAAACAAUACAAUGAUACUAGUGGAUCAACAUGACUAUGCCCCUAAUAAAGGUCUAAUAGCUCUACUGCUGCUUGGGAUUCCUGGAGGAAUCUGUUUCUGCUGCAGAAAGAGAAUAUGCAAAAGGUGCCGGACAUCUAAAUCAUACACACAAACAAGGCAGUUCAACACCGAACCAGUGUCUAUACCUUGCAGCAACACUGUGACUGUUCCUGAAGGUCCUGGAGACCCUGGCCAGGGCUACAACGCUGGUUAUCCACCUCAUCCAGAUCAAGGUCAGAUUCAUUAUCCUUAUCCACCGGAGUCGAGUGGACAACCUGCUGUUCCUCCUAACCCUGGCUUUUAUCCUGAGUAUGUGCCUCAAAACCCUGUCUAUCCUGUUGACUUUGGACCUGGACAUCCCCCUGCUCAGCCGCCCCCGUGGAACGCUCCUCCGCCCCAGUAUAACCCUUCUGCACCUAUGAACUAUACUCCAGGAAUGAACAGUGCUCCUCAUGGACCCGAACCCACAGGGAUGAAUAUGAAUUUAUUGCCACCAACUGCACCUCUGCUCACACCUCAGCCUGAGUUGCAGCCGUCUGUUCUGAGCAGCAUUCCCACGGAUAUCCUUAACUCCAGUGACUCUGGUGUCCAGUUUGACAUUAACAAAGGAAAGUCUUCUGGGAACAACUUCCUGUAGUUGCUCCAAAAUCCUGAAUUACCACUGUAAGGGAUAUAGAAGCAAACACUUAGCUGUUCAUUAGACUCAUACAAAAUUCAAGCCAUAAAAAGA